GUGCUUCUGGCAACCAGUUGGCUUUGCGCUCCUUCCGGUGAUACAUACGAAAAUUUAAUAUUCCGUAAUAAUAGUAUUCAAUUUCCGACAGUCAAAUUAUUUGAUUUAAAUACAAUUAAUUUUUUUUUUAUUCAAUUUAAUAAUAAUAAUAAUUAUAAAUAUAAAAAUAAAUAUACUCCUAUAAAAUAGUGAUUAUUAUGGUAAAAUAAAAAUUUUUAAAUUUAAAUAAAUAAACAGUCAAAAUAAAUAUUUCUAUUUAAGUGAGUGUUAAUUACUAAGGAAUCAAUUCCAGUCAGUAUCGGCGAUAUUUACACACGAGUGGGUAGACACAGAGAGUACUGAAAAUUAAUUACACCCAGUGAAUUACGAGAUACUUUUGUAUUGUCAGCAAAGCUCCUCUGAAUCUGGCUGACUGUUUACUGGCUGUAACUACUCACUAAAAUAUGAAGAACAUAUCAUCGAAAAUAAAUCACAUAUUUAUAAAAUAAAAUCUCAAUAAUAUAGUAUGAUAUGAUCGAUUAUUGGAAGCAGUCAUGAGUAACGCUACACUAUCUUUGACAAGCUACCAAGUGUAUGAAAGCUCAGAUGUCACAUUGAACGAUACAAUAUUCAAAGAACUCAAAAUUAAAAAAAAUACCAACGAAAAUGUAUCUGGAUACGACAGUUUUCUUUGCGACAAUUUUUUGCCAACAGAAAGUAUUCUCGCAGCUGAAUGGUUUCAAACGACAGUUUAUUUUCUAUACGGAAUAAUAUUUGUCGUGGCCUUGGUUGGAAAUGCCCUAGUUUGUUACGUCGUAUGGAGCAGUCCACGCAUGAAAACAGUGACAAAUUUUUUUAUUGUAAAUUUGGCAUUUAGUGACAUUCUCAUGACUUUUUUUUGCGUACCCACAAGUUUUGUGAGCACACUUAUACUUCAGUACUGGCCAUUUGGAGCCGAAAUGUGUCCAAGUGUCAAUUAUUGUCAGGCAGUAUCAGUACUGGUAAGUGCUUACACCCUUAUCGCUAUCAGCAUUGACCGUUAUGUUGCGAUAAUGUGGCCCUUGAAGCCCCGAAUGAGUAAAGGCCAAGCGAAACUAUCGAUUUUGGCAGUUUGGUUGGUCGCAUUAACCACGUCGUCACCUAUCGCAAUGGUGUCCUGUCUUUCUCAGCCCGAUCCACGAUACAUUGUGUGCAAUCGAUACGUUUGCUCUGAGCAGUGGCCGACAACUCAACAGCAGUAUUACUACUCAAUCGCACUACUGAUUUUGCAAUAUUUCGUUCCAUUCGUCGUUUUGAUAUUUACUUAUAUGAGUAUUGGGAUCAGGGUUUGGGGAAAAAGGCCUCCGGGCGAAGCGGAAAAUACACGAGACCAGAGAAUGGCAAGAUCGAAACGCAAGAUGGUCAAAAUGAUGAUAACUGUAGUAGCGGUAUUUACAACUUGCUGGUUACCUUACAACAUACUUCUGUUAUUACUCUAUAAUAAUGAAGGCGUUUCAAGCUGGAGUGGAUUACCAUUCAUUUGGGCUGCUCUUCACUGGCUCGCGAUGUCUCAUUCUUGUUACAAUCCUGUCAUAUAUUGUUGGAUGAAUGCCAGAUUUAGAACAGGGUUCAUAACAGCACUUAGUAGAAUACCAGGACUGAGUAGAUAUCUUAAAGAUUCACGAAUUAAUACUCAUCAUCAUAGUGAUAUUCCUGGCAUGGCACUUGCAGGAGUUGACGGUGCCAAUAAUUCAGUAUUAAAACGUAUCAACACAUGUACGACGUACGUAAGUGUAAGAAGAAAAGCUGGUUCGAAUCACGGGAUGCCCGUACGAAGUGCCAGCUUCCGACACACGGAUACUUUUAAGCCUGCAAGUAGUCAACCGCAACGACAUUUUAUUAAGCUCGAGUCUCAACACGAAGAGUCCAUUUAAUUUAAAUUAUAAGAGGACAAUCAUCUAUAUCUGAUCUAUACACUGAGAGAACAAUUUGUUUGAGCCAAACAAAUAGAUUUGUUUGACUAAAUGAAAUCAUUCAUUUCAUUGAAAUGAACCAUAUCUUUGUCUUAAAUAAAUACUGAUUGAAUCCAUUCAAAUAUGGGAUUUAUUUGCCUGAAACAAAUCUUAUUUGGCUCAAAUAAAUUGUUCUUCAAGUGUACGUACAUAUAUAUACCCGGAAAUAAAUUUUCUUUGAAAAUUACCGUUAAAUUCAUUGUAAUCGUGGGACAUAAUGCGGUGCUUUUAUUUAUUACCAUUUUUGAAAUAAAAAUUACGAAAAAAUUUAUUUAUUUUGUGCACUCAGAAAAUUAAAUAA